ACAGGGCCUGGUAGAUAAAAUUAAGAAGAGCAAGAAGCCUGUUGUCGUUUCUUCUCUUAGUUUUAAACCUAAACAUAACAGAGGAAGUGUGUUAUACUUCUUCAAAAAUAAUAUUAGUAGCUUUGUAAUCGUGCUAUGUAAUGUUUAAAUGAAUAGUGUCAAUUCCCAGGUGUCUACCGUAGAAAUUACCCGUGGUGAACAUUCAAAAUUCCUUUCAUACAUAAUUGUUUACAUUACCUCUUAGUACAUUACAAUUACAAUUGUUAUAUAUAAUAUCUAUAGAUUGUACUCCGCGUACAAAUAAUAGUAUUCUGCAUUUGAUCGAUUGCUGGUGAUAUUACGAAAUGUCUGGAAACAAUAUUCAUCUAGUUGGAAAUUUGGGUGAUACGCAGAUGGCAAAUCCUCUUCACAUACAACGAUUUGAAGCGGCUCUGGAUAUGGCGCCAUUUCUGAGUUAUGCCAAAAAAAUGCUAUCUAAGCCUCUUACUAGUAGCGACGACGGCGAUACGAGUGAAGACUCUGAUUCCGUUUCGUCUAAGGGAAACGUCCGGAACUACAGAAAGCUUGCAUAUUGCGUCAGAGCAUCUAGACAAGAUCGCAAUGAGGAUAAACGAUUUCUUUACAACUUGACUUCUGUUGGUCCGGAAAGAAUUUGGUUGCAAAACUUGCUACUAUCAGAUACAGAAUCGGAUAGUGAGAUUUCAGAUGAAGGCGAAUACAUUAGAGAUAUGCUGAAGAACCAUUUGAGAGAACGCAAAUAUCGUAGAAAAUAUCACAGCAACCCAACUAACUCUGAAUUUGGAUAUUAUGGAUCAGGGUUGUUAUCUAAUCAUGACAUGUUUCCUGAACACCAACAUGCGAUUGUAGGGGUACGAAAACGAAAAUUCGAGCGAAAGAAAAGAAUUAGUAAAUUAAAACCGGGCAGGAAAAAAACAGUGAAAAAUUUUCAAUUUUCUCACAUCAAAUGGAUAAUGCUAAUUCUCGUUAAUUUUCAGACAAAACAUGACUCCGAUGAUCGAUUAUCCGAUGUUGAUUGGGAAGAACAACUUGCCGCUUUGAGAAAUGAAAAUGACGAUGACCUAGACUCAAAACCAUCUAGUCCAACCGGAACAAAAUUAAAGCGAGGGCGAAGGACCGUAGGCAAAACACCCGAAAUGAUGGCAGCGAGGAGGCGGAAACUUUGGCAAUUGAUGGCAAAAAAGGAACUUGGUAAGGUACAGAGAGCUAAGUCGAACAAUCACAAAGAUAUGGUUACCAAUUGCCGGCGAGUGGCUUCCCUCUGUAUGAAAGUAUCGCGGCAAAAAGCGAUGCAAUCGCAAAAGCUCAUGAAAGAGACUAUUUGGAGAGCCAAACGGUUGACUCGAGAAAUGCAAGGCUACUGGAAACGGUAUGAUCGUGUGGAAAGAGAAACUAGAAAACGCAUGGAGAGAGAGGCCGAAGAACAAAGAAAAAUUGACGUUGAAAUGGUUGAAGCAAAGAGACAACAACGAAAGUUAAAUUUCUUGAUAACCCAGACGGAACUAUACGCGCAUUUCAUGUCCAAAAAGUUAGGGAAUGUUUCAAAGGAGGAACAAUUGAAAAUUUUAUCACAAUUAGAUGAGGAGUGUAAUCCUAGACUUGCGUCGAUUGAUAACUAUGACAGCGGUUUGAUGAAGCAACAAGCGCGUAAGAAUGCAAUGGAUGCAUUCAACAGUGAUCGUGCACGGAAACAAAUGUUUGAUAAUGCUGUGCAACAGCACAUACCAACAAACCAAAGAGUGGAUGCUUCUGGGCAUAUUAUUGAUUUGCCACAACCAACCAUUUUUCGUGGAUGCUUGAAGGGAUAUCAAUUGAAAGGAAUGACUUGGUUAGCAAAUUUAUACGAUCAAGGCAUAAGUGGUAUUUUAGCAGAUGAAAUGGGUUUAGGAAAAACGGUACAAUCAAUAGCGUUUCUGUGUCAUAUUGCUGAGAGCUACGGUGUGUGGGGUCCUUUUCUGAUUAUUUCGCCAGCUUCAACUUUGCACAACUGGCAGCAAGAAAUGGAGCGCUUCGUGCCAGAUUUCAAUGUUGUACCCUAUUGGGGUUCGCCAAAUGAACGAAAAAUUCUACGCCAAUUUUGGGAACAAAAAGAUCUUCACACAAAGGGGGCUAGUUUCCAUGUGGUGAUUACCAGCUACCAACUUGUGGUUUCCGAUUACAAAUACUUCAAUCGAAUUAAGUGGCAAUAUAUGGUGCUUGACGAGGCACAAGCUAUCAAAAGCUCAAGUUCAGUGCGUUGGAAGCUGUUGCUAGGAUUUAACUGCCGAAAUCGAUUGCUUCUUAGUGGCACUCCGAUUCAAAAUAGUAUGGCCGAGUUGUGGGCUUUGCUACACUUCAUUAUGCCAACUUUGUUCGAUUCACACGAAGAAUUUAACGAAUGGUUUUCCAAAGACAUUGAAAGUCAUGCCGAAAAUAAGACCGGCAUUGAUGAAAAGCAAAUUUCGCGACUUCACAUGAUUCUUAAACCUUUUAUGCUCCGACGCAUUAAGAAAGAUGUCGAAAAUGAAUUAUCAGACAAAAUCGAAAUUAUGGUAUAUUGCCCAUUGACGACACGCCAGAAGCUGUUGUACGUUGCGUUGAAGAAAAAAAUCCGAAUUGAAGAUCUGCUUCACUUGACAGGUCAUGGGUCAGGCGACGGGCAUUCGUUCGAUAAAAACUUCACAUCAAAUUUAAUGAACCUUGUGAUGCAGUUUCGCAAAGUCUGCAACCACCCGGAAUUGUUUGAGCGACGUGAUGCGAAGAGUCCGUUUUUCUGUAAUACAUUCGACUAUCGAAUUGCAAGACUAAUUUUCAAUGAGGCUUUCCUUGGGAAACAAAUUCCUAGCAUGCGUCACAUAGUGCACAAUCGGUUUAACAUUUUCAAGUGCGAAAACGUGCACAGAUCAGUAAUUGAAAAUAAUGAUGGAUCUAGAAUGGACUAUGUGAGUUUUCAGCAUGGGAGUACGUCGAACACGUUCUCCUUCACCCGGCUGUGCAGUAUAUCUCCUAUCGACAUGGAAAAGUUAGCUUUGGGUGGCCUUAUUCAUUUCUUUCAACAUUUAUAUCGAUGGCAUGAGUACUUAAAAUUGCUGCAUUAUCGAUGGAUUUGGUGGAAACGCCAGUCGACCAUCAGUAGCAUUCUACUAGAACCGACGAUUGAACAAUGGACCAACACGUUAUUUUCGAGUUUUCAUACACCACUCAACGAUUUGAUAUUUACUGCAACAAGUCAAAACACAAUAUAUGCUCAUACUCAGCAAAGUAUUCAUUCUAUGCAAGAAACAAUUGAGCAUAGAAUCUUAAGGAGCCGGAAAAUGCUCAAACUUACAAACGCAGAAAAGCAGUUAACGAAAGUUACUAAUAGUAUGGAUUUUAACAAUUUAGCAGAUCUUCCUGUACAUUUUAAAGACAAGCACGGUUGCGCGAAACCCACGAUGGUAAACGUUGCGCUUUUACCAGAGUUCGAGCACACUUUAAGUCCAGUAACUAAACUCGAAUGCUGGCCAACAGAGAUGCCAAGAUUUGUGUACGGUCUGAUACCGCGUGUUGUUAGUUCGGGGAGGAAGCAAUAUUGUGAGAGUCGUGAAGCUGCAUGGACUGCCAUUAGGCAUGAACAUUGUGAUUCCGAGGAUGGAUUGCGCCUUGUUAUGAAUGCAAUACAACUGUCUUACCCUUCUGCGAUUGGAUGGUCCAACAUUAUUAUCCCAGAUAAACAGACCCUUGUGUCGGAUGCAGGAAAGCUUGCUGUAUUAGAUUCGUUACUGACACGUUUAAAAGCUCAAGGGCAUCGUGUUCUUAUUUACUCUCAAAUGACCAAAAUGAUCGAUCUACUGGAGGAAUAUAUGUGGCACAGAAAACACCGAUAUAUGCGGCUCGAUGGCUCUAGCAAAAUAUCCGCUAGACGAGAUAUGGUAGCUGAUUUUCAGAAUCGAGCCGACAUUUUUGUUUUCUUGCUAUCAACGCGCGCAGGUGGUCUUGGUAUUAAUCUUACGGCAGCAGAUACGGUAAUUUUUUAUGACUCUGAUUGGAAUCCGACUGUUGAUCAACAGGCGAUGGAUCGUGCACAUCGUUUAGGUCAAACCAAGCAGGUUACCGUUUAUCGUUUGAUCUGCAAAGGUACUAUCGAAGAGCGAAUAUUGCAGCGAGCAAGGGAGAAAAGCGAGAUUCAAAGAAUGGUGAUCACCGGAGCAAACUUCAAACCAGAUACACUUAAACCCAAAGAAGUCGUUUCUUUAUUAUUAGAUGACGAAGAGAUAGAGUUGAAGUAUCGACAAAAAACUGAGGAAAGGAAGUUUGCUUCUGGAGAUAUUCUAAGAAACGAUAAGGAUAGAGAAAGAAAACGUAAACCAACUGUCGCAUCAAUCAAGGUUGUGGAACAGAAAAGACCGCGGGUAGAUGGCGUACUUGACGCAGAUGAUUUAGCUUUCCUGGAGUCAGGGGCACUAAGUCCGACAGGUAGCGAACAAUCAAAUACUAGUGUCAUUAAGAUACCUGAUUCUAUCAGCAGAGAUGAUUCCAGUAGCGAUGACCUGAUUGCUGACUGUGAUAGCACGAGUGGACCACAUACACCGGUUUCGUUUCUAACGUACGAUGGACUGGGUAAGCAAAGAAAGCGUCACAAUCCGCGUGGAACUAAACGGGGAAGACCACGAGGAUCUCGACGCGGCGGUUUAACAAUCAGCAGUGGUCGAAUAGAAUCGAGCGCAAUUCUAUCUGCGGUACGUGAAAUGAUUGAAAGACAAACAGCUGAAAAUUUGCGAAUUGUUUUGGAAGAGGAGAUGUCGUUCGUUGGGAUCAAAUAUGAACAAGUAAUAGCAGUGGCACACGACAAUGGAGCGAAUAUGUUGGCCGCGGUGAAGAACUUGAAAAUGAUAAUGCAUUGUUGUCAAAAUAACGAAGAUGUGCCAUUGUGCUCGAUUUUACCGGACGAAAACGUAGUUUUGGGAAAUUAUGAUGCGAAGGAUGACGAUUACAUAGAAUCGGAAGAUGAUGAUGAGCAAUACAGCGACGACGACUCUGAUUCUUCCUGUUUUAAUGAUGAUUUUGAUACAGCAUACAAAACUGUAGAGCAACUCACAGGAAAUGCUGCUGCUAUUUGUGAUACUUCAAACGAUUCAGAUUUGGUGCUUUUAGAGAGCAUCAGAUGCGGAGCCCAUACAGCACAGUUGGCUGUGUGGGAUGUAAUUAAACCAUUCAAAACCAGAUUGCACUGUAUUAACAAGUAAAGUAUAAAAAAUGCGACAGAGACGAUUUCGAGAUUUGUUCACUCCCAAAGAUUCGCACAAAGUACCACUUCCUCCUAAGGUUAACGAAACAAGGUGGAACGUAUGAUACGUUUUGCUCAAAUACUUACAGUCCAUAAAAAAACUCAUUUCAUUGAAAUUUUGGUGAGCAAUGAUCCACCACUCGGUAAGUAGUUUUUAUUUUUGUCGUGCUAAUCUUAAUCUAUGUUUGAAAUAUUCUAUGGAAGUUUUGCCUUAAUCAAUUCUACUUAAACUGCAUAAGGGUAAUGCGCAUAUCUUGAUCCUAUUGGAAAGCUUCUAUUACAUGAAUCAGCAUGCAAUCUAUGUGGUACAUAUAAACUUGUGUGUAACAAAAUGUGUUUUCUUUUAUACCUACUUCCGUGACUACGUUUUGAAUACGAUUUUAGCUACAAAUCCAUCGAACCUUUCGAACGUU